GACAAUGGUCAAUAUUACAGAAGAAAUUACCAGUGCCAAUGACCACUCCACUCCACAGGUCAGUGGAUAUAGGUUGAUCCACGGUUAUGUCAGUGGGACACUCUGUUUCAUUGGAGUCGUAUUCAACAUCUUCAAUGUCAUCGUGUGGUCCAGAAAAAACAUGCGGACUUCCACAAACCUCCUACUGACGACCCUCUCAGUUGCGGAUGGUGUUUCCGUUUUCAUGUACCUUUUGUACGUUACAUAUUACUUUACUGCAACUGGACCUAGUGAUUUAAUCUUCCAUUCCAAAUCCGGAAUGUAUUUAGUAGUCAUCUGCUUUCAUGAAUUCAUUGCCUUUCAUACCUUCUCUAACUGGAUUACGAUAUCCCUGGCUAUAUUUCGUUAUAUCAAGGUGUGUCAUCCGAACUUGGGAAAGAAACUUUGUACCAAGAAGAGAGCACGCUUAACAAUCUGUAUCGUGUUCAUUGCAACAAACUUAGCCACAAUUCCCUUCUAUUUAUACUAUGAAGUACACGACCUAAUGGAGGGCAACAGAAAUUUGACCGGAUUUUGGAUUCGGAAAACGACUUUCGCCGUGACCCAUGUCCAAUAUCAGACGAUUUUGGCAUGGUUAUAUGGGGUUAUUUUCAAAGUCAUACCCAGUAUUGCCGUGUCUGUUCUUUGUGUGUUGAUAGGCAAAGAACUACGUAGAGCAGAUAAACAGAGAGUCAAUAAACGAAUGUCAAGCGGGUACAUUAGAACAACUGUAAUGUUGAUGAUAAUUGUCUUCAUUUACGUGUUAACAGAGCUUCCGAUUGGAAUUGUCUCAUUUAUAUCGGGAUUGAAACACUCCGAAAGUCAUUUCUUUUACUUCCUUUUGUAUUCUUAUGUGGGAGAUUUACUAGAUACUCUUACGGUUAUCAAUGGUACUGUUAACUUUAUAGUGUAUGUCAUACUCUGUAAACAAUACCGAACUGAAUUCAAGAGAACCAUUUUGGGAAGAUUUGUCAAGCGAUAUACAUUAAAAAAAGAUACGGGAGUUGGUCUCACCGAAGUUACUAACGAUAUGGAACUUUCCAAAUAUUCUCCGAGUGUUCUCUCCUCUGAUCAAAUUUCCAAGGAUAAGCUAAACAGUGUGGAAAUGAUAGAGACCGAACAUUCUAAAGUAUAUGAUUAUUAAAUCAAGACAUGAAAAUACUUUUUUGAUUUUCUACCACUGUUUUCCACUGU